AUAGUUGUUUUCGGUUUAGUGCAGCAUGUUAGUUUCGAUGUGUUCGUUCGGUUCAUUUUAAAUUUCGUUUUUAUAUAAGUAUAGUGGUAUCACUGUGUAAUCAAUAUUUCGAGGUGUUAAUUAUAAUAUUAUUAGUGCAUUUUAUCACUAACGACAGGCUCUGUGUCUAAUUCAAUUAUUGGUUAUAAUCCAGUUUCGACUUCGUGGUGCCUGGUUGUUUAAAAAUAAUACCUUAUGGUGCAGUGUUAUUUAAUAUAGUGUUCGAAUAAAUACCUCCAUACUCGACACUCGUGUUCAGUUCAAGUGAUCUUAAAAAAUCAUCGAAAGGAAUAGGUACCUACCAUUUUACUCUUCAAGUGUAGCAUGUUCUAAGCGGCGAAAUUCCGUAGUCACGUUUCAUCAAAAUCGUUAAAAGAAACGCACCAGUUAUUAAAAAGCAAAUUGGGGAAACGCCAUUUAUCAAAAUCAGCUUCCGAAUUGAGGCAUCGAGGAGAUACUGCCAAGUUCACCAAUCAACAAGCGUCAACGUCGAAUGAAAGUGCUAACGUAGUCCUGCAACAAGAAUCGCCGAGUCGUCACGCUACCGUUAUUCAAAAAACGCAAGCAUUCUUCGCCUCCCUCAAGGUUAGAGGCGGAGUUUUGUAUCUUGAAAGUCACGGAGACAGUCGAUGAUUGUUGAAUUGUUUUUAUUGAAAGUAAUAAUGGACAAAACGUGUCGCUAAUGUAUGAAAUAACGUCAAGUUUUUAUGGUCGUGGGUUACCUAUUUAUUUUGGCCAUGAGAGAUGGUCGAAAAGUCGCUGUCGUGAUAAGCAGAAUUCAAAGUCACCUUCGGAGAAAGACUAUUACUACGAAGGAGGCGAUGGCAUUUGCGAAGAAUUCCAAGCCAUAAGUGACGAUUCGCCGAACAAAGUACGUAAAGUGUAUGGCCAUUAUGAAGUCGGAUACAGUACAGAUUACGCAGCUGAUAAUUCAUCCGAUCAUAGCAGCUCAGCAACACCUCUUUCGCAGUCACCGUUUCACAGGGCAAUACAAAAAACAACGUCUUCCUUAUCGCAAAAAUUAGGUAUAAUUCAUUCAGCCGAAAUGAAUCAAUCAACUAAUGACAUAUCACCAAGAAUAAGAUUCGAAGAUUGUCGCAAUGGAGAUGCUCACGAUGAAGAGAUGAAAGAAGUUAUCGAACCUUCAUGCACUGAAAAUUAUUCAUAUCAAAAUAAAGUAGAUGAAUUCCGAGAGAAUAAUAAAGGCGAAUCCGGCGUCAGUCGAGAAACAGCUCUUCGACAAUAUUCAUUCUUUCAACUCAGAAUUCAUUUAAAAUGUGGCAGGAAUUUGAUUGCCAAAGAUAAAAGUGGUACCAGUGAUCCGUAUGUUAAAUUUAAAAUUAAUGGAAAACUAGUCUACAAGUCUAAAACUAUUUAUAGAGAUUUGAAUCCUUUGUGGGAUGAAAGUUUCACAUUACCUAUUGAGGAUCCUUUUUUACCUGUCCAGAUAAAGGUAUUUGAUUACGAUUGGGGUCUUCAAGACGAUUUUAUUGGUGCUACUUUUUUAGAUAUUACUCAGUUGGAUUUUGGAAAGCCUCACGAAUUAACGUUACCAUUAGAAGACAACAAAGGAUCGGAAAAUUUAGGCGAAAUUCUGCUCACGGCAACUUUAUGGCCUCGCACACAACAAGAUAAAGAGCAAUUUUAUAAAGGAAACGCGAAAUCUCAAGAUAAUAAUAAGAGGCUGAAAAGUCAAAUAUGGAGUUCGGUUGUGACGAUUGUUUUAAUCAAAGGAACGAAUUUGGUUUCGAUGGAUUCGGAUGGGUUGAGCGAUCCGUAUGUUAAAUUUAGAUUGGGUAACGAAAAAUAUAAAAGUAAAGUAGCAUAUAAAACAUUAAAUCCCAAAUGGUUAGAACAAUUCGACUUGCAUUUAUACGAAGACCAGUCUCAAGAAUUGGAAAUCACUAUUUGGGAUAAAGACUGGACAACUGAUGAUUUCAUGGGAAGAUGUACAGUUAUAUUGAGUGAUCUGGAACGUGAGAAGACGCACAAAAUUACUAAAGAAUUGGAAGAAGGCUGUGGAACGAUUUCAAUAUUGUUGACCAUUAGUGGAACGACAGCAUCGGAAACCAUAUCUGAUCUCACAACUUACGAUACAAAUUCAAAAGAGAAGGAUAUUAUUGAAAACAGAUAUACUGUUUCAAGAACAUUCCAUAAUUUAAGAGACGUAGGUCAUUUGACGGUAAAAGUGUACAAAGCCCAAGGAUUAGCAUCAGCUGACAUUUGUGGAAAAUCUGAUCCAUUUUGUGUGAUAGAACUAGUCAACGCCAGAUUGCAAACGCAGACUGAAUAUAAAACAUUGACGCCAUCCUGGCAAAAAAUUUUCACAUUUAACGUUAAAGAUAUUCAUUCAGUAUUAGAAGUAACCGUUUACGACGAAGAUAAAGAUCACAAAGUGGAGUUCCUAGGUAAAAUAGCUAUUCCUCUUCUCAGGAUACGUAACAACGAAAAGAAAUGGUAUGCUUUAAAGGACAAAAAACUCAGAGGCAGAGCCAAAGGGAAUGCUCCUCAGAUCUUACUAGAAAUGAAUAUCGUUUGGAAUACGGUCAGAGCUUGUAUACGUACUUUGAACCCAAAAGAAGAAAAAUACAUGCAAAGUGAGAUGAAAUUCAAAAGGCAGGUUUUCGUUCGAAAUGUGAUGCGUUUGAAAAAUAUCAUAAUGUAUUUCAUAGAAUUCAGUAAAUUCAUUCAGAGUUGUUUCGAAUGGGAAUCUACGAUACAAAGUAUUAUUGCGUUAGUAAUAUUCAUACUGCUGUGUCACUAUUUCGAACCUUAUAUGGCACCAAUUGCUCUGCUGCUUGUAUUUCUGGCUUGUUAUGUUGUACAAAAAUUAACCGGUGGCUGGAAUCCAAACACUGCAGUUGACGACGAAGAAGAUAUCGCUGACGAUGACGACGACGAUGACGAUAAAGACAAGGAAGAGAAACGAAGUUUGAAAGAACGUUUGCAAGCUGUCCAGGAAGUCACUCAAACGGUACAAAAUUCAAUUGGUUAUAUCGCAUCGUUGUGUGAAAGUGUGAAAAACACGUUCAAUUUUACUGUCCCAUUUCUGACGUAUUUAGCUAUCGGAUUAUUGCUAACGAUAACGAUAGUGCUGUAUUUUAUUCCUGUACGUUACUUGAUUAUGAUCUGGGGUAUAAAUAAAUUUUCGAGGAAACUUCUCAGACCGGAUACAGUUCCUAAUAACGAAUUAUUAGAUUUUCUGUCGAGAGUGCCCGAUGAUGAAGAUUUAAUCUCAUAUCGUGAACUGAAAUCUCAACCGACAACUGAUACUGAAAGGAGAUCUCGUAAAAAACCCAAAACGUCCUAAAAUAUGGUUGUUUAAAAUUUUAUUUAUUUUUCAUUGUUAUGUAGUUGACGGUUUUAGUUUUUUAAUUGUUAAGUUUAUCUCAUUUAUGUUGUUUUUAUUAUUGGAAGUACCUAUUCAUUUUAUUUUUAUUUAUGUUCGAAAUAUUGCUCUUCAUAACCUAUAAGGUAUAUUUAUGGUUAUGUUAUUUUUUUCUCUUUUUUCUCUUUUUCCUUUUUUUUUCUUUUUCUACAUUCCAGUAGAGUUUCGGCGUUUUAAAAUUUUUAUGAGCUUACUUAAAUUUUGUGAUAUUAAUUAAAUAAAUUUCAUUUUUUCAAAUUUA